AGGAAGAAAACUCAAUAAUGUCAAGUCCAUUAUCAAGUCCAUUACCAAGUUCGCCUAUAUUAUCUUAUGAUAAAACUAUGAAACCAACAGAUAUAACUUGCUUUGAUGAGAUUGAGAAUAGUGAAUUAUUAAUGUUAGCGGAAGAUGUUACUAGUAAUGAGUCCUCUACACAUACAACAAG